GGCUCAAAUCAGUUCAAGUUGCGAGAUUCCUGACACGUUGGACGGACCAAGAGUCGGACCCAUCCGUGCCGGGAGGACCAUCGCCAUGAGCGGCCUGCGAGCGCCGCCCGGCUCCGGCUCCGGCGGCUCGAGGAGCUCUAGCCGUGGGCGCAUGGGCCAGACCACAGCGGCCACCGUGGGUCGGGCCAUGGUGGGAGCCAAGAGAGGGGAGCUUCCCCUCCGCAGAGCGGGGAAUCCAAAUGACCGCUUGGAAGAGCUGCUAGGGAAGGCCAUGCCAAGCAAACCCAAGUUGAACGGCUACUCUGUCACUCAGACCACGAACCAUGGGCUAGACUUUGAUGAGGAGGCCAAGAAGCUCUGGGCACGGCUGAACUUGGACCCUUCAGUCAUCUCGAGUGGGCCAUACAAUGCUAUGGAUGCCCUCUGGCAGCAUCCCGAGUCGCGGGCAGUCUUCUAUGUUGGCAAUCAAACCGCAGCUUCAAACCUGGCAUUGCUUCGUCAAAACGGUGUGACGCAUGUCGUGAACUGUACUGACAACAUGCCCAACUACCACGAGAACACGUCGGGCAGUUUGAUCAAGUACUACAGAUUCGACAUCUCCCGCUUCCACCGGCUGGUCAGAUCGGAUGCUGAUGCUGCACGCUUUGUUCAGCCAAUGCUGGAAUGGGUCGGUGCUGCUUUGGCCAGCGGGGAGAACGUCAUGGUUCAUUGUUUAGCCGGUGCACAUCGUGCCGGAACCACUGGCUGCAUUUGCUUGAUGCACUUUGCAGGGCUUAGCGCCAAAGAAGCAGUUCCAGCUGCAAAGCGCUGUCGUCCAAUCAUAGAUCCCAUCGGUGAUUUUCCAGAUUCUCAGCUUGACCCCGCUCAGCUUGGGCCAACAUGUCGAACUCCUAGCUAAGUUGGAGCGCAGCUGGAGAAGAAAGUCUGAACCUGCUAUUUUUGGUGCUUGACGGCUGCGGUUUGCUUUGCUUCGGGCACACUGCAUGCGGGCUCCGCAUGCGUGGCAUGUUGUUACUUUUUUGGUUGGG